AUGGACGACGUUUUACGGUUUAGCUGGAAAUUCACCAAACUCGCAUUGAAAUUGUCCUUCUUAGUUUACUUCCAAACAUCAAUUCUGAAGAUAAUGCUAGUGAGAAUUAUCUAUCUCUACAAUAUUCAACCGAAAACGUUUCCCGAAAAUCUUGCAUUGGUGUUCCUGUGCUCAGUAAUGAUAGCGAAUAUGUUAUUAGUUGCGAUACCAGUCAAUUACACAAUUGAUGAUAUUAUUGAAUUGAUCUGGCCACCGCGCAAUGUACCACAUCAAGUACAUCCUGAACGUGUACCCCAACCAGACGAAAAUGUCAACAACCAUCAUAAUGAGACAGCGCAGGUCGCAAACACCAGCAACCGUAAUCCUCCCAGAGUUCGAUUUGCUGAUAUUAACAGUCGGAAAGUUAGAGGAGAGAACGUCGGACUCACUUAA